GUUCUGCACUCAAACAGGCUGGUCGUCAUCUUCUUUGUUGGUCUUGGUGUUCUGUCUCUCAGGUGGAAUCUCAGACGUCUGCCACUCGAACGAGACAAACGACGGCCGAUUCUCCAUGUUGUUGGUCCCCCCUCCCUCCUCAUCCCCCCUCUGAUCCCCCUGCCCCUCCCCAAGUUGCUGCUGGGGCUGCUCGAAUGGCGCGAAGGCUCCGCUGCUCGACAAGAGGACAUUGCUGCUUCGCGACUGGCUCCGGUGGGACUGGCGAGAGACGCGCCUGCUGCCCCGUCGUGAGGAGGGGAGGAACUUCUUGUUGUCCUUUAUGAACCGCUUGGCGCCGCACUCGGGUGAGAAGUAGAGUGUGGAUGUGAGCAGCCGGAUGCAGACGGUGUCGGAGGGGUUGGUCACGCCGCCGCUGUUCCAGGUCAGGAAGAAGAACCACGUGCAGGAGGGCUGAACCUCACCCUCAGCCACUGCAGCAUACACAACGGAGCGGUGUCGUCCUCGGUGUCUCGUCUCUCUCUCACUCUCUUUCUCUCUCUUUCUUUGUGUCGACCUGUCUGGCUGUACUUCUCGAUGGUGAUGAUUUCAUUGAAGGGGACCAUUCUCGUCUUGGCGACGAAUCUGAGGAUGUACUUUCGCUUCUCGACGUCCCUCGUCAGUGUGAGGGGUAUGCGGAUAACGAACCACACCCAGAAGGGGACGAAUGGGAUGAUGCACACCAUGGCAAGGGGGUUGUCCGUCACCAUCCACAGCGACACUAUCAGGCCGAUUGCUAUGAUCAAAGUACCUGAGACAAGAGAGGGAGGGAGGAAGGCAAUGCCAGAAAGAUCUUUCCUUGCUGUCGUUUCGUGGGUCUUUCUUCUCACCGACGAGGGGAUUGAUGUAUGAUGCAAUGAACUCGGGGUAGUACACUUUGGUGUCUGUCUGGGUCAGGGCCUCCCCAUUCAGCACCUUUUUCAUCAUCUCGGGCGGCAGACUGAUCUCCACGCUCUUGCGCCGCUGCUCGACGCUCCGCCCCUUCUCACCCUCCACCACUUUGACCCUGAACGACGACCUCAGCGGGAUAUUUCGCGCCACAGGAGUCUUGCUCACAAUGCUGCCCCGGUUCGCAGGCGACGUGAGAGGGCUGAGGGCGUCAGCAUAGAUGUUGUCGUCACUGAGGAGCUGCUUCGGCGGCACUCGGCUGCUCUGGACAGGAGGGGGCCUCGGGACGAAGCUGCUCCUCGCGGCUUCUCCGGCUUGGGGUGAGGUGGGGGGACUGUGUCCGUGGUGGGGCUCGUCCUGUUGUGCUGGGGUGCCUACCGGCAUUGGGGUCUCUGUCAUGAUGAAGUCCUGCACGGCGUCGUCAAUGCUGUUCAAACGGUCAGCAAACUCGGUCUGAAGGAUGUGCACCGCCAUAUGUCGCUUCGACAGAGGCCCCAAAAGAUCGAGGCCCCCAAAACCAACCGCGGCGUCUCAGC